AUGUAUACAGCGAAGUUUGCGACGUAUCGGGGCAUCACAGUCGACUACAAGAAUUGCCCUCCUCUAUUGACAAUGUCUUUUGAUCCUGACCUUUUUCGCUAUCAUCGAUAUAAUAGUAUUGGGGAUGGUUCUCUAAGCAUCAUUGGAGUCUUCUCAGCUUCAUUGAACCAUGAGUAUGCCAUCCGACUGUACUAUUCCGAGGAGCAGCGCCUCUGGCUUGCUGAGUGUGGGCCAGCCUUUGAGCAAGCUGUACUAGCAGAUACGGUGCUGGCUUUCUUCGAAGAACUUUAUGGACUGUAUUUUACCGCAUGGCCAGAGGAUCAGUCUCCAGAUAAGGAGCAGAGGAAGAUCGAAAUAUUCUCACUCUAUAUUAUGGGCCUUAAGCAAAUGUGGCUAUACCAUCGACGAAGUCCACGUCGUUGGGAUUACGCAUCGGUUAUUGAGACGCUAGAUGACCUGGAGGACAUUGUUACCCGUGAAUUCCAAAAAGUCCGCCACGUUUUUGGCCAUCCUCGUGUUAUUUUACCGUUCCAUUGA